AUGGUUUCGCUUUUGGCCGUGCCUGACCCUAGGCUUAUCUCUUAUCAGUUCGAGAAACAAAUAAAUCGUACUGUUUUAUUAGCCGUCUACGGCAACCAGAAUAGCGGAGGAGAAGUGCGGAAAGUACAUCUACAAGGCAGUGAGACCAUUAUUAGAGUAUAUACAUCAGAUGACAAUAACAAUAAAGUUGAAGGCAACGACAGAGAAAUUAAGCAGCUGCAGGAAAAACUGAACCAACACAAUGAACUGGUCAUCGAGGCACUUAAAGAGCUAACAAAGAACGUCUCAUCGAUAAAAGAGGAAGUGGGUAAACCCACUUCCAAUCCCUUAAAACUUCAGAAGUAUGAGGAGCAGCUGAAGAAACAAAAGAAAUCAAUUGAUGAAAAGGACCAACAAAUAGCCGAAAUCAAAAACCAAGUCAACAUUUGCGCCAAGAAUUUGAAAAGCUACGAAGAGAAGCUUGUUUACAGUGAAUGUACCGACAUUGCUGACUCUCCGGGAAUUCAUAAGAUUAAGCCGGAUCAAGAAGAACCGUUCGAUGUGCUGUGUGAUAGUGCGACAGCAGGUCCUGGCUGGACGGUUAUCCAACAGCGUAUCAAUGGCAAGGAGAACUUCAAUAGGGACUGGAAAACAUAUCGUGCCGGCUUUGGUGAUUUUGUAGGUGACUUUUUCUUGGGACUGGAGAAUAUUCAUCGCUUGACGAACAGCCAACCCCAUGAGCUCUACAUAUAUAUGGAAGAUUUUGAUGGUAUCAUCAAAUACUACAGAUAUGAACAAUUCACAAUCGCUGGCGAGGAUGAUCUAUACAGACUGAGAAUCUCUGAUAAGGCUGUGGGCAAUGCAACAAAGGAUGCUUUGAUUUACCUCAACUAUCAGCAAUUCACCACAUUCGAUCGUGAUAAUGAUGUAGAUGUUUAUGCAAAUUGCGCCAAGGACUAUGGCGGUGGCUGGUGGUAUCGUUUUUGUAUAAGAAGGUAUUCAUUGUUGCAGCUUAAUUCAAAUGAUUAA